AACGCUUUGUACAGGCGCUACUCUCUCACCCAGUUACGCUAUUGGGUGCCAAGGAUAUCAAACGCAGUGUGGCAUCUCGACACCCUUCGGAAGUAUUCGAUGCUUUAACUGUCAAUGUGCAUCCCGAGAUCGUACCGAUGGGCGUUCAUAGUG